UUCCCAAAUUACGGUUUUUUAACUUUUUACAACCUGUGACGACGUCGUAAGCAAGCUGAAUUUUGCUCUCAGGCUCUGCCUUUGCCUUGACCGACGAUCAGCUACUGAGCAAUCAAUGGCGAACAACAGCAUAUCAAUAACCGUCUCCGACGACGACACUGAAGAUCCCUCGGGUCGUAUGCGGGUCCGGGUCCGCCGUAAGCGCAAGAAACCGGGUCCGCGAAGGAGGCUCGACUUCACCCAGAAAAUCGUCACUAUACUCCUCAAGUGGUGGCCCGCGCUACUGCUCCUCAUUGCCGUCACGCUCCUUGUUUACGAGGCCUUCAAAAUCGGCGGCGGUGACAGCCGUAGCUCUCCGCAAGUCAAGAAUUUCGACAAGGUUGUUACUGGGGGUAGUGGUAAACCUCAGGGAAACUUGAACAGGCUUGAUCCCACUACCCGGAUUGUUCGGGGCGUUAGAGAAAGAUGUUUGAAGCUCCUGCCUCCUGAAGAACUUGAGCAUUUAGAUCUUCCCAAGGAUGUGGACUCUUUUAGUCCAGUAAAGAAGUUGGUGUACAUCACAGAGAAUGCUACCUAUGAAGAAGGGAAGUUUAACUUAUCCACAGAAUAUUUGGAGGGUACAAGAUUUAAUUUGUUCACAGGAAGCCAAACUCUUGAGCAGAGAGAGCAAAAUUUUAAGGUCACUGAAACAGCUGGAAUCCACUGUGGCUUCUACAGUGACAAUGGAGGUUAUAGCAUUUCUGAUGAAGACAAAAGCUACAUGCAGACUUGCAAAGUUGUAGUUUCUACUUGUGCAUUUGGUGGUGGAGAUGAUCUGUAUCAACCAAUAGGAAUGUCUGAGACAUCGCUUCAGAAGGUUUGCUAUGUGGCAUUCUGGGAUGAAAUUACUCUUGCAACACAGGAAGCACAGGGGAAUAAAGUUGAUGAAAACCAUUCUAUUGGGCAAUGGCGUGUUAUACUAGUCAGGGAUUUACCUUUUAGAGACCAAAGACUUAAUGGGAAAAUUCCAAAGAUGCUUCCCCAUCGCCUUUUUCCGAAUGCUAGAUAUUCUAUAUGGGUGGAUUCAAAGUCUCAAUUCAGGAGAGAUCCUCUGGGUGUCUUGGAGGCAUUACUGUGGCGUUCAAAUGAUGAACUUGCAAUUUCAGAACAUGGGGCCCGCAGUAGUGUCUAUGAUGAGGCAAAAGCUGUUGUCAGGAAAAAUAAGGCAACUCCGGAGGAAGUCCAGGUGCAAAUGGCACAGUAUCGCCUGGAUGGCCUUCCUGAAGAUAAGAGGUUUGAUGGGAAGAAAGCUCUAGCCGAGGCUUCCAUAAUUGUGAGGAAGCACACUCCAAUGACUAAUUUGUUCAUGUGUCUUUGGUUUAAUGAGGUGGUUCGCUUCACUUCACGUGAUCAACUCAGUUUUCCAUAUGUUCUCUGGCGGCUCAAAGGGUUAACAAACAUCAAUAUGUUCCCCGUCUGCACUAGAAAGGAUCUUGUGAAUAGCAUGGGUCAUAUACGCAAGGCAAAGCCUCUAACAAAUUGAUUUCUUUGUUCGCUGCAUUUAUUCAUCAACCUAAUUUGGCUUCAACUUCCAGUCAUGAACGUAAGCAGCAAGAGCAAGCCAGCUGAAGAUCUGAUUGGUUGAGUACAUCACACCUUUGGUAAAUCUUGCCUGAUUAUGUCAACACUUACAUUUUUUUUAGACCUAGAGGCGAUGAUAGCAGUGUACGUUUUCUUCAUCAUGGGUUCAGCGAUGGGGGUAUUGGAGGUGAAAAUUUGUUGUAAAUUGUUUGUUAGACCUUCAUGCUGGUGAAAUGACAUUGCUGCAUAGGGUAAAUUUCUGUAUUCCUCUGUUCAAGAAUGGAGUUCACUGCAGUGGGAUUUGCUGUUCAAGAAUGGAGUUCACUUACGAUUUGUGUUCGAAUU